AUGUGGAUCACAUAUAGAUGUGGAUCCAUUAAGAUUUUCCAAACACACACUAAGUCUUUUAACACGGCUCCUGUUUCUAAGAACUGGUGGAGGAUAUAUAACAACCUUGAUUCUCUCUUUGGUCAGGUGUUUAAGUCUGUCUAUUUCCCCAGUGGUGAGCUGUUAGGGGCGAAAAAAGGUUAUAGGCCAAGUUAUGCUUGGACGAGCAUGUUGAAGACUAGUUGUAUCUUUGUAAAAGGUGGGCGAUGGCGAGUGGGGAAUGGUGAGUCUAUUAACAUUGUUGAUGAUCCUUGGCUCCCCAAUGGGUCACCUUUAAUUUUCCGACAGGAUUUAUUUGAGGAAUUAGGGCUGCGCAAGGUGGUCGGUUUGCUCGUUAGUGGUCGUUGGAACGAGGCGUUGGUUGAGCAGGUUUUCAACCCAGCCACUGCGCAGUGCAUUUUGGCUGUUCCGUUACCUGUGCAGGCGCGUGAGGACCUUCUCUUCUGGCCUAAAACACAAGAUGGUUGGUAUAAUGCUAAAUCUGGUUACAAAUUCAUCAGGCGGAUCCAUGAUCAAGUUGUCCCGUCGUCGUCCUCUACGCCGGUGAUUCCAGCUGCGUUCUGGAAGGUGGUGUGGAGUUCAACUGCUUUGCCUAGGUGCCGUGAGCUGGUUUCGAGAGCUUCUUCUGGUUUUUUUCCUGUUCGCAGCCGUCUUCGUCGGCGUGGGAUUGAUGUCGACCCUUCUUGCCCAUGGUGUGGGAUUGAUGAUGAAACGACGAGCCAUUCUUUCUUGCUUUGUCCUGUUAUUGCUCGACUUUGGUUUGCAGUGUUGGGUAUUCGUCCAGCUGGUACAAGUGUGUUCUACGAGAUGCUUACGUGUAUGAUGGAGCAUUUAGAGGAUGAGGCCGUGAGCAGGAUCUUCACGAUGUUAUAUGUAAUUUGGGAGGCAAGGAAUGCUUGGGUUUUUAACCAGAGGGAGUUACAUGUAACCUUUGUGAUGCAGCGACUGGUGGCUCUUUCAGCGUUGCCUAGGCCAGUUUCGGUCACGAGCCCGGCGGUGGCUGGUGCGUCUUCAUGGAAACGUCCCCAUGCAGGUUUGAUCAAAGUCAAUUUUGAUGCGUCCGUGCGGAGGAAUCUAGCUGGUAUUGGCUUGGUGGCGCGAGAUGAGGAUGGCGAGGUUUUGGCAGCAGCUACAUUGGCUAUGGUCUUGAUGCAAUCCGUAGGCUUGGCGGAGGCUCUUUGCUUCCGGUGGGCGCUACAGAUGGCUAUUGAUCUUGGGUUUCGUGCUGUUUGUUUUGAGACAGAUUCUUUGCAGUUGUUCCAGUGGUGGCUUCGUCGUAGCAGAGGGUCCUCUUAUUUAGAUUUGAUUAUUUCUGAUUGUCGUACGCUUUCUUUAGCUUUUUCCAAUAUGGAUGUUUCUUUUGUUCGUAGAUCCGGCAACAGUGCCGCUGACUUUUUGGCCCGGGGUGCCUCAUCUUUUUUGGUUUGGAUAGAGGAGGGGCCGCCUGGACUUGAUGCUUUUGUCCGCUCUGACAUUUUGGCCUCUAAGCCGGCUUUGUUUCAAUAUAUUUAA